UAAUGUAUUCUUUCUGAUGAUUUUGUUUUGAAUUGCUAGUUUUAUGUCAUCUUGUAGUUGUAUCCUUGGGCUAACAGCAUGCUCUCUUCUGUUAGAUAGAAGCAUACCCAAAGACAACGGCUGUUCUAGUUCGAAACCAUGGAAUAUAUGUAUGGGGGGACACAUGGAUUAGCGCCAAAACUCAGGCUGAAUGUUAUCAUUAUCUGUUCGAUGCUGCAAUCAAACUUCAUCAAAUGGGCCUGGACUGGUCUACCCCAAGCCAUGGCCCGAUCCAGCAGGACAGAGGAGCUAUAAGUGCACCAGUGAAGGCAGGACUGAAGGAUUCAAAUCACAAUAGUGAGCCUUUGCCUGUAAGCUCUCUUGUGCAUGAUACUGUUAGUUCAAAUAUAUACUUUGAUAUGCGCUGCAUCCUCCUGGACAUUGAAGGGACUACCACACCUAUAACGUUUGUAGCUGAUGUCCUUUUUCCUUAUGCACGUGACAAUGUGGGAAAGCAUCUGUCCGCAACAUAUGACACCGAAGAUACUCAAGAAGAUAUAAAGUUGUUGCGAUCCCAGGUUGAAGAUGACUUGGCGCAAGGUAUUGAUGGCGCUGUGUCCAUUCCACCAAAUGAUGCUGGAAAGGAUGCCGUGAUUGCAGCACUGGUUGCUAAUGUUGAGGCAAUGAUAAGAGCAGAUCGCAAGAUCACUGCCUUGAAACAAUUACAAGGGCACAUAUGGAGAACUGGCUUUCAGAACAAUGAACUGAAAGGAGAAUUUUACAAUGAUGUACCUGAAGCAUUGCAGAGCUGGCAUUCCUUGGGCAUAAAGAUCUAUAUAUACUCCAGCGGUAGCAGGUUGGCACAACGGCUUAUAUUUGGGAACACAAAGUCUGGAGAUUUGAGGAAAUACUUGUCUGGGUUUUUCGACACUAAUGUUGGGAACAAGAGGGAGACAAGCAGUUACAUUCAGAUUUCUGAAUCAUUGGGAGUAGAUAACCCAUCCGAAAUCUUGUUCUUGACAGAUGUCGUUCAAGAAGCAGUUGCAGCGAAAGCAGCAGGUCUGAAGGCGAUGAUCUCUGUUCGGCCAGGGAACGCACCUCUGCCUGAGAAUCAUGGGUUCAAGACCAUCAACUCUUUUCUGGAAAUAUGACAUUCAUCCCCUAAUGUGCUUGUUGGUUUGCACUGUAUCAUCUAAUGCCCUCUGUGUUACUUUUUCUUAUAUCAUCUGAACACUAAAACACUACUAGCACCUGGUGACUUGUACAAACGAAAUAAAUCCCUGUAUCUUACGGUCUACUGUUUGGAUGUGAGAUUGUUAAAAUGAAAGCGGAUAUCGAUAUUGGUGUCAAAACAAAGGUAGCUAAAUCCAUCUCCGUCUGUCCUAA